AUGUCCAACAGAAGAAGAGCAUAUCCACAGCCAAUGUACCAGGCCCCAGAUCCGUCGGCUGCCUACGGCAUACCAGCACAGCCACAACAGCCCCAGGCUAACCAGGGGUUGUACUCGGCUCCACAGGCGGCUGUUCCAGUCAACCAGUUGGCCCAAGGUGUUGCAGGAAUCAAUUUGGGUGCCCAACAGCCCCAGGCCCCAAACGUGCCUGCGUACCCUCAGGCCGCUCCAGCAGGCAUCUACGGCCAGGAGACGGGCGCAGCACCAUUGCAGAACCCUGCAUAUCCGCAGCCUUCGUAUCAGUCGCCGGCCCAGCCAGCGCAAACCGCAUUGCCAUUGAACCAGCUUUACUCGACAGAUCUGCUCAAAGAGACUCCUCCACCCAUUGCAGACUUGCAAUUCCCACCUCCACCAAUGAUUUUGGCACCGGGCACGUCCGUCAAUGGCAACCCAGAGGCCAACUGUUCUCCAGAGUAUUUCAGAUCAACUUUGAACGUCGUUCCAACCACCAGCUCCUUGCUUAAAAAGUCGAAACUGCCGUUUGCUCUGGUGGUGAGGCCAUACGUCUCGCUCCAUGACUCCGAGAGACCUGUUCCCGUCGUCAGCGACACCAUUAUCUCGAGAUGUCGUAGAUGCAGAUCGUAUAUCAAUCCGUUUAUCCAAUUUACAGAACAGGGAAGAAGAUGGAGAUGUAACUUCUGUUCGCUCUUGAACGACGUUCCUGGUGGAUUCGACUACGAUAGAAUGACUUCUACACCAUUGAACAGAUUGGAGAGAAACGAGCUCAACUACGGAAUGGUGGAGUUUGUGGCUCCUUCCGAAUAUAUGGUGAGACCACCGCAGCCGCUGGUUUACGUUUUUGUUCUGGACGUCUCCUAUGCUUCUAUUCAAAACGGUCUUCUGGCUACUGUCACGAGAACCAUUCUAGACACUCUUGAUAGAAUUCCAAACGAGAACGGAAGAGCCAGAGUUGCGUUCCUGGGAGUCGAUUCCAGCAUUUCUUUCUUCACCAUCCCAAGCGACGACCAGGAAGAUAAAGAAGCCUCGAUGAUGAUUGUUUCCGAUCUUGACGACGUGCUGAUACCUUCUCCGGAUAACUUGCUGGUGAACUUGAAAGACUGCAGGAAGAACGUUGAGAAAUUGCUCACCAACUUUGUUGACUUGUUUGCAAACAAUCAAAAUACCGGAUCAGCACUGGGACCAGCUCUCAAGUCCGCACACAAGCUGAUUUCUCAAAUCGGUGGUAAGAUUAUCACCUUCACAUCUGCUCUUCCAAACAUGGGUGUUGGAAAACUGGCUAUAAGAGAUGAGAACGCUGUCAGUGGUAAACCAAAAGAGGCGUCAGCCCUUUUGACCUCUAACAACUCAUUCUACAAGUCGUUCGCCGUGGAAUGCAACAAGUCACAAGUGACUGUGGAUAUGUUUUUGACAGGAUCCAAUUAUCAAGAUGUUGCGACUCUUUCGAACCUUCCAAGGUACACAGCAGGUCAGACUCACUUCUACCCAGCAUGGUCUGCCAGCAGAGUGGAGGAUAUUACUAAGCUCACCAAAGAGGUCUCUAAUCAUCUCUCCAUGGACAUUGCUUUGGAGGCUGUGUUGAGAGUGAGAGGCUCCAGUGGACUAAGAAUGAAUGCAUUCUUUGGAAACUUCUUCAACAGAUCCUCGGACUUGUGCUCGUUCCCAACAUUCCCAAGAGACCAAUCGUAUGUCAUUGAGGUUGCAAUUGACGAGUACAUAUCCAAACCAUACGUUUUCUUCCAGUGUGCCGUUCUGCACACCACCUGUUUCGGCGAGAGAAGAAUCAGAGUGCUUACUCUGGGCAUUCCAACCUCCAAGGAUCUCACAGACGUUUAUGCUUCCGCUGACCAACUGGCCAUCACCAACUACUUCACGCAUAAGGCCGUUGAGAAGACCCUGUCUUCUUCCCUGAACGACGCUAGAGAUUACCUGAACAAAGUUCUGACAGACAUCCUCGGUGUCUACAAGAAAGAAAUCGUUCCUGGUAACCUUGGAUCCUCGUCGCCACUGCAGCUCUGUACCAACCUGAGAAUGCUGCCAUUGCUGUUGCAAUCGCUCACCAAGCACAUUGCGUUCAGAACGGGCAAGGUUCCUUCUGACCACCGCUCCUCUGCUCUGAACAGACUGGCUACCUUGCCUCUGCCUAGCCUGAUCAACUACAUCUACCCGACCGUGUACGCGUUCCAUUCCAUGACAGACGACUGCGGACUGCCAUACGACGGGGAGGACGACCCAUACGACAUUCCUCCUAAGAAGCAUGGCGAGAUCGUUCUUCCAGAGGCUCUCAAUGCUACCAUUACGAACUUUGAGAAGUACGGCCUGUAUCUGAUCAACAACACGUCCGAGCUCUUCCUGUAUAUCGGAGGAGAUGCUGUUCCUCAGCUGGUGAACGACGUCUUUGGCGUGGACUCGAUCAAUGAGGUGCCAAUUGGCAAGGCAGAGCUUCCAGAGCUGGACAACGAGUUCAACGUCCGUGUGAGAAACAUCAUCAACAAGGUCAGAGAAAACGAGGGCUCUAUCGAGUACCUGAACUUGUACGUUGUGAGAGGCCCUUCGACCAACGAGAACAUGAUGAACACCAACAGAGACAUCAUUCCGCUCAGAAUGUGGAGCAUGUCUGAGCUCGUUGAGGAUAGAGUGAGCGCAAACUUGAGUUACAAGGAGUUCUUGACUCAAUUGAGAGAGAAGAUCUCGAGCUAG